UCUCCCUUUCUCUCUCUCUCACUCACUCGCUCACUCUCUCUGUCUCUGCCAGUGAAGUUGCGCUGGGCUCAGCGGCAGAGAUGGAACAGCCCGGAGCCGGACGCAUCGGCCAAUAAAUACCACAUGCGAAGCAUUGAUGCAAGAGAAGAUUUCAGUGCCUGACCAAGUUUUUGUUGCAAAUAACUUAAAAAUAAUCCAAGGGCUUCCUGACAGACAUACCUGGGCAUGAUCAGCUGUCUUGUAUCUGCUGCCCUGACCUGACCUGGGUUCACAUGAAACUCAUUUACUUUGCAGUGGGGGUGAGAAAAAUCAAAAUCCCAGAACAUGACGUAGUAUGGAAAAUCAGCUUGCGGAAAGAUGAAGGCGCAUGUUUGGGCGUGUUUGCAUGUUGGAGUCUCCUCUCGUGAAGUGAAGAAGAAGAAGCAAAUGAGUAAAUGAAACAAAUUAAACCACACUCUCAAGACAGAUGUGUUAAAAGCAACAUCUGUAUGUCGCUGUUAAGGACGAUAUAUGUUUUACAUACUAUUCUCCAAACCAGUUUUUUGUAAUAAGCGCACUUUUUUUUAGAAACAUAUAUUCCGAUUACAUGAUCUGACAUGUUCUUGAGUCCUGACACACAAUGCGUUAGACUAGUCUUAGCAUAAAAAACGUGUGUUGUUAAUUAACACAUCCUUUUCGAGAGUGAAGAAAACAUGGGCAUUCAGCACCUCCUGCUGCUCCUCAUCUACCUGGACCCACUGUGUGGCUUGAAUGCAAACAAAAGGAGCAAAGGUCCACCAAGAAAGAGUGGAAAAGUGAAGGAAGUGAAUGGCACUGCUGCUCCAUCUGUCAUCAAAUCCACCACUGGCACCAGCCCCGGCACGGCAUUGCCUAGACGAAUAACGCAGCUUUCUGCACCCACACUGGCAGGAGACCACGACACAUGCCUUGGCUACUAUGAUGUUAGUGGUCAAUAUGACAAAGAAUUUGCCUGCAACAACACAGACCACCGUUACUGCUGUGGCUCCUGCUUCCUGCGCUUCUGCUGCCCGAUUCGCGCCAAGCGACUGGAGCAGCGCGCCUGCACCAACUACAACACACCCGACUGGAUCAAAACCCAGCCACCAUCUCCGGCGCCCACCGGUGAAGUGUAUGACCCGGCACUGGACCGAACGAACACUACCGUCUACAUUGCCUGUGGCGUCGUCGCCCUCAUCGUCCUGCUUGGGAUCUCCGCCAAGGUGGCCUAUGACAAAGCUACAAGACCACCGCAGGAGAUGAAUGUGCACAGGGCUCUGGCGGAUAUCCUGAGGCAGCAGGGUCCUGUCCCCAUCUCCCAAUAUGAACAGGAGAACAUGGCCACUGUUGAGGGAUCACCUAAAGAAAGCAGUUUGAAGAACCACUACACACCCAUCCACAAUAAAACCAAUCAUGGGUAUCAUGGGAAGGAUAAUUUCCGCAGUGGUCAGGACAUGCACAACUUCAUCUCCUCUGGGUUUGUCACGCUGGGUAGAGGACACCUGAAAGCUCAGCACUCUGUGGAUGACCUGGGUGGGCUGUCCUGGCAAGGAGAGCUGGAUGUUCCUCUGUCUUACAACAGCCAUCAGCAUGAUUACACAAGCCAUUUGGAUCUAACAGGAUCUCACACACCUAAAAUAGGCCACAGAAUAGAGUACUACGAAAAGCCUCGAAUGAACAACAUCCUAACCUCGCAGACGGAACCGUAUGACCUGUCGUUCUCUCGCUCCUUCCAGAACCUCACACACCUCCCACCUUCCUACGAGAUGGCCGUUAAAGCUGACCUAAGUGAUAAGGAUUUCGAUGAUUUCUACAGUAGAAAGCAGCAGCUCCUCUCGCCGGAUCCGCCCCCUCGUGUUUUGGGGCUGCAGUCCCACCUGCUGAAGCUCAGCGUGGACUCGCCCCCCAGUGUCCCCCACAGAUCACAGCAGAAACAACGUCGUGUCCAGAGGGCCAUGAGCCAGGACCAUGUCCUCUCUCCUCCUAUGCCCAGGACACCCCGCAAACAUGUCCUGCAGUCAGCCACCUCCUACGCACCCCCUGCAUCCCCCUACCAUGCCCGAAUCCUGUCCCAGGAACAGCUGCUGUCAGCUGACCGUCUGCAGUCCCAGGAUCCUUUGCUCUCUCCAGAUAAAAUGUUAUCUCUACGUCGUUCUAAUUUCCGUGAAAAGGCCAUGUCACGGGCACUUUCGCACACAGACAUGUUCAUGCCCACCACGCCCGUAAUGGACCGCCAUUAUAAAAUGACGAAGAUGCACUCGCACCCCAGCUCCAGUAAAAAUGACGCUGAGGACAUUUCGUACAAUACCAAAACAUUGCUGAGCGUGAGUGGCGCGCAGACGGCCAACCGGAGGCAGGCCUUCGCCUCCCGCCGCACACACACCGUCGACCACCUGCAGUACAUACCCGGACACCAGCACCACCAGUACCGCACCGCCAGCAAGACGGAGGUGACCGUCUGACAGCAGGACACACAGACAGAGAGAGAGAGAGAGAGAGAGAGAGAGAGAGGUUGGAGUUAGGAAGGGAGAGAGAGAGAGAGAGAGAGAGAGAGAGAGAGAGCGGU